AUGGCUCUCAACGCCUCCCUCGCGAAGUUCAGAACUGAGUUCUCCGACGCCACCGCCCGCAACGUCCAACAUGCCCGCCCAACAAACGCCCCCGCGCGCACCACAACCCCCAAACCCAGCGACGGCAUAGCAAAGCGCACCCACGACGCCGCCUUCAGCGACACCAAAGCAGGCACGCCAGCAGCCGCCGCCGCCCUGGCUACGCGCCACAGCGGAGCCGAGCUCAUGACGCAAGUCUACACCGCCGUCCAAUACCUCAAAGAGAAAUCACCCGCCCCCAUCGCCUUCGACAACCUCAUCAGCUACCUCUCCCUCCCCACCGACGCCCAAAAGCACAUCCCCCUCAUCCGCCGCGCCCUCCGCGACAGCGACCAGGCCACCUACGUCCCCCGCGCCGAAUCACCCAACGGCAAGGAGAGCUUCAAAUACCGCCCGCAAAUCCCCGUCACCAACGCCGAAGAGCUGAAAGACUACCUCGGCAUCAUGGCCACGCGCUCCGCCUCCGGCAUCGCAGUCAAGGAUCUCAAAGACGGCUGGCCCGACUGCACCGCUUCCCUCGACCAGCUGGAGCGCGAAGGCUUCGUGCUCAUCACGCGCUGGAAGAAGGACAAUUCACCCCGCACCAUCUACCCGGACUCGCCAUCCUACCACAUCCUCAACUCGCACACGGGCCUGCCGCAGAAGAUCGACGCGGAUUUCGUCGACGUAUGGAGUAAGACGAAGCUACCGGCCGGCGAGGCGGAGAUUAGGAACGAGCUGGAGAAGGCCGGGUUGACGCCGACGAGUCAGGUGAAGGAGGUGCGGAAGACGGAGCCGAAGCGCAAGGAGAAGAGGAGGGUGAAUCGGAAGGGGGGCAAGACGACGAAUGCGCAUAUGUUGGGCAUUCUGAAGGAUUACUCCAAGAAGUAG